AUGGUACUCUUCGAUCACAUCGCGAGUUGUAUUUCGAUGUUUAUGUCACAGCGAAAGGUGAUUCAGUAUAGGAUACCUCUGGGCUUCACAUUCAGCUUCCCGUGCAAACAGGAGGGCCUGACCUCUGCCCGACUCACACAAUGGACCAAAGGAUUCAAGUGCUCCGGUGUUGAGGGCGAGGACGUGGUUCAGCUGCUCAGAGAAGCUAUUGACAAAAGACACGACAUAGACGUGGAUGUGAUGGCUGUUGUCAACGACACGACCGGUACGUUGAUGUCGUGCGCGCUCAAGAACCGGGAGUGUAGGGUUGGCCUCAUUAUUGGGACGGGAGCCAACGCUUGCUAUAUGGAGACACUGGAAAAUGUGGAACUGUUUAGCGAAGACUUCCCGGAUGUGAACCAAGUAGUGGUGAACACAGAAUUGGGUGCUUUCGGUGAUAAUCGGGUCCUCCAUUUCAUCCGAACCGAUUGGGACGAUCAGGUGGACAGCAUUUCACUCAAUAAAGGCAAACAAUUGUUUGAAAAGAUGAUAUCAGGCAUGUAUUUGGGAGAAACGAACCGGGAGUGUAGGGUUGGCCUCAUUAUUGGGACCGGAGCCAACGCUUGCUAUAUGGAGACACUGGAAAAUGUGGAACUGUUUAGCGAAGACUUCCCGGAUGUGAACCAAGUGGUGGUGAACACAGAAUUGGGUGCUUUCGGUGAUAAUCGAGUCCUCCAUUUCAUCCGAACCGAUUGGGACGAUCAGGUGGACAGCAUUUCACUCAAUAAAGGCAAACAAUUGUUUGAAAAGAUGAUAUCAGGCAUGUAUUUGGGAGAAACGGUUCGUUGCGUUCUCGUAGACCUCAUCCAAAGGGGUCUCGUCUUUGAAGGCAAGGGAUCGGAGAAAAUGUUGACACCGAAGGCCUUCCAAACCGCAUACAUAUCGGCCGUCGAGUCAGACAAAGAAAACGAUUACAUAUUAACGCGUCAAGUGAUGUCAGCCAUGGAUCAAAGGGACGCCACACUCGAUGACUGCGAUAUCGUUAAACUGGUCUGUAAGAGGGUGUCGACCCGUGCGGCACAUCUGGUGUCGGCAGCGGUGGCCACUAUAUUAAAUAAGAUGAAACGAAAGCACACAACAGUUGGUGUCGACGGAUCGGUGUAUAAAUUUCACCCCCAUUUCCAUAACCUAAUGAUGGAGAAGAUAUCGGAGUUAGUGAGUCCUGAGUACACGUUUGAUCUGAUGCUGUCGGAGGACGGGAGCGGUCGCGGGGCGGCACUCGUGGCCGCUGUGGCCACCAAACAGGAGCACCGACGCAAAAUCAGCAUGGAACAAAUGGGACUCUAUGUCCCGCCCAGGGAUACCGUCAACCGCAAGAACUCACGCCUCGAGUUGAAUGAUUUGGUGGCCAAAAUCAACAGAACUAACCUUAAUGUCACUUAACACUAGUUGUCCACUUAAUUGUAGCUUUUUAUUGAAGUGUUUAGUGAUAAUUACCAUGUUUUUAUGAUAGGUUUUUUAUAUGAAUUCCAGCGAAACUAAUUGAUAAG